UGGAUGAGGAGGAGGAGUAUGAGUGUGUCAGUGUCCUCAACUCACACACCCAGGACGUCAAGCACGUGGUCUGGCACCCCAACCAGGAGCUGAGCCCGGGGGGGAUCAGGGCUCCCCUCAGCCUCCUGAUCUUCCCGUGGGACCUGGUUGGGAUUGUCUGGGAUGAUUACUGCAUGAACCCCCAGACCGUCCUGCUGCUCCGGGUCAUCGCGGCCUUCUGCUUCCUGGGGAUCCUGUGCAGCCUCUCGGCCUUCCUCCUGGAUGUCUUUGGCCCCAAACACCCUGCCCUCAAGAUCACCCGCCGUUACGCCUUCGCCCACAUCCUCACAGUCCUGCAAUGUGCCACAGUCAUUGGGUUCUGCUACUGGGCCUCAGAGCUGAUCCUGGCCCAGCAGCAGCAGCACAAGAAGUACCACGGGUCCCAGGUCUAUGUCACCUUUGCUGUCAGCUUCUACCUGGUGGCAGGAGCUGGAGGAGCCUCCAUCCUGGCCACAGCUGCCAACCUGCUCAGGCACUACCCCACUGAGGAAGAGGAGCAGGCCCUGGAGCUGCUGUCAGAGAUGGAGGAGAAUGAACCUUAUCCAGCUGAGUAUGAGGUGAUCAACCAGUUCCAGCCACCACCAGCCUACACCCCGUGA